AUGGCCCUUCUCUGUGAGGACUGCAGCAUGGUGUUCAGCUCUGGGAGCCUGCUGCAGAGACAUCAGGCCCAGCUCUGUGUGGGGAAGGCUGCAGGAGACCCCAUAGCAGCACGCAAGGAGCCUGAAACUCAGGCCGCAGACCGUGGAAUAGGUGCUGAGCCUCGGAGAACAACGACCCCAGAGCUCAUCAAGAAGAGAAACAAUAACCAGGGAAUCAUUGCUGCCGCACCCAAUCCCGACCGAGUAGAAGAAGAGAAAAGACCUAGAAGACAAGAGAACCAUCCCCUGAAAACCCUUUCAGACGAGGUUCCAGGAGGUCGAGCCGGUCAGGACACCAGACUCAGGUUAAUGGAGGAGAGGACCGAGCUGCAUAAGACCCGGCUGGCCCAGAUACACGAUCACAACCAGCAGCUGCAGCGCCAGAGAGAAGAGCUCUUCCAACAGAUGGGUGCCCUUUCAGGGCAGACCACUGCUAGUCACCUGGAGAAUCUGCUGGUUCAGCAAAAGGACAAAGAAGACAGGAGCGAAGAAAUGCUCCGACAACUGACCCGGCGCCUCGACACACUACAGGUCGAAUCGAUAGCCACCAACCAGCCUGGUCCCGAUCGAAAUAGGGCCCAUUCCCUUAACUUUGACCUGUUAAGAUCUUCUACAGACGGGCCUCUUUCUUCCCAGAUAAGGGAGAUGCAGGCGGCCUAUGUGCAGUCUGGGGGGUCGGACCCGGGCCUUCUGGCCCAGAUGAUGGACCUCCAGCGAGAGGCCCAGCGGUUGGAGCAGGCCCCCCUAGAGGCCGAGGCCAAGGGGAGGAGGAAGAAGGUCAGGCCCUAUCGCCGGGGUCCGAACCGGGAGCUGCUGGCCCUGGAGGCCGAGAACCGGAGGCUGGAGCACGAGAUCCUUCAGAUCCAAGCAGUCCGGCCCUAUGGAGACCAAGGCUCCUCCUCUCUCUCUCUGGUGGAGGCGGAGCUUCAGCAGGAACAGCUCUACUGCAUGGUGGACAUCAAGGCAGAGAUGGAGGCUCUUCACCUGGAGAUCAGAGAGAGGAGCAGGGGCGUGGCCAGGACGUGCAGACAGGCCCCUCCACCCCCACCUCCAUCACAGCGCCCACCUCCCCCGGUUUACCCCGCCCAGCAGGCACCAAACCCCCUGGUGAGGUGGACGCGCUCCGUAGACGAAGGAUAUGACUCCGCCCCCGGGGACGUUCCGCGGAUGGACCGCCGUGACCCGCGGGUGGAGUUAGUCCUUUUCUACGACAUGGUGGUUGGUAUUGAUGCGAGGCUGAGCAUGCUUCGUCUGGUGUCGUCUCUCUACCUGGGGGAGCAGCAGGUGGGGCUGCCGGCCCCCCUGCCCUGUGUCCUGUGUCAACCGGGGGUAGAAAUGCCCUUUUCCCAACAACUGCCCCCAGGAGGCUACGCCCCCCUGCUGGUCAAACAGCCGGUACCCAGGAAAGUACACUUGUCAUUAGUUCCAUGGACUGUACUUUAAAUGUUAAUACUUUUCGUAUUAGAGAUUUUCUAUUUUUGUGCAUUAUUUUACCUGAAGUAAAACCUUUUUACUCCUGGUUGAAUUAAAAUAAAUGAUAUAUAAUGCAUAGAUUGAAAUAUAAUAAUUACAAUCAAUGGGCUUCUUGGCCAAAAAAGGGAAUGAGUGUUAGUGAUCUUUAGCAUGGGUUCCACUCUAGGAUUGAACAUUGGCACACAAUAGCAAAUUAAAACAUGAGUUUAUAGAUUUAUUCUCCUACUUUUCAGAUUUAUCUAUGUUUAAGGUGGUUUGCUAUCAUACUUCCCAUCCUGUGAGAACCUGUACAGACUCUCCCCUCCUCUGUUCCAGACUCUGCCCGUACCCCGGCCUCUGCCUGGUGCUGGAGGUCCACGGGCCAGGGGCGCGCCACGGUCCCAGGAGGCAGGAGAUGAUGUCUCUGGGCUGGGCACGGCUGGAGCUCUUUGACCUAAACAGCCAGCUCCACAGGGGUUAUUGGAAGGUUCCGGUUCGCAGCCUUCCAGUUACACCGGCCAAACAUCAAGUCGACCUCGACUCUGUGCCACAGGUGGGCCAUAUGGAGAUAUUGUUGCGUGUGGCCGGACCUGAAGGAGAUGUACCGGUUCAGCCUGGUUCCAGUGCUCCGGGGCAAUAUGAACAUCCCAUAGUGGUUUCUUCUCAUGCAGUACCUGUACCAGUCUCAGUAACGUCUUCAACAACGUCAUUGUUAAGCCAUGAGUUCCCCAUAACAGCCAAUCAAAGCUUCUCCGGUCCAAUUGACCAAAACGAGGAAGCCAACCAGAGUUCAGAGGAAGUGGACGACCAAAUAGGUACCGAGACUGGAUAUUUUGGGGCUUGAAAUUAAAUAAACACUGUUUGAGUAGGAUCAAUAGGACUUCAUUGGUGUUCUACAUGGUUUGAUUAGGUCAUUAGGAUUAUCUAAAUACUGCUGAAAGGCCAUGUGGCUUGUAUUAUAUCUCUCUACAUAUAUAUAUUCUAUGUUUGUUCUGAUUUCCUUUUGUUUGCAAGAUUAUUUUAUUUAUUAUAAAAUAUCAAUUAUUAUUAACCCACAUUUGUCCACUGUUUUCAAUGUAGCACAUUUGUAUGAAUAGAGUAUAUACAUCAAGGCAAGUCAAUUAGUCAGAUGAUCAUUUGGCAAGAUGACACAAAG